GUGGUGUCUCAUUCUAAUUCUAACCAUGGGGUUCUUCACUUUCUUUCUGACAACCCUAAUGCUCAUGGUGUCUGUUUCCCAGGCAAAUCCUCAAUAUGAAUACCCAGAAAUUAAAAACUUCCUCUCAUGCAUUUCUCAAUCUCCAAACGCUGGCGUCUCCGGAGUCACAUACACCCAACAAAACGCCUCAUUCACCUCCAUCUUGAACCUGCACGUUCAUAACAAACGCUUCAAAACGCAAGCCUCAGCGAAACCCCUCGCCAUCAUAACCGCCAAAUCCGUGAUUCAAGUCCAGGUAACGGUUACAUGCGCCAAAUCGAACGGCAUUCAGAUCAGAAUCCGAAGCGGUGGCCACGACUACGAGGGUCUCUCGUAUGUCUCCGACGUCAAAUAUGUGGUACUCGACAUGUUUCCUCUUCAAUCGAUUGACGUGGACUUGAAAAGUGGCACUGCGUGGGUCCAAGCUGGAGCCACGAUUGGUCAACUUUAUUACCAAAUAGCAAACAAAAGCAAUGUUCAUGCUUUCCCUGCUGGGGUGUGUUUCACUUUGGGUACUGGUGGCCACUUCUCGGGUGGUGGGUAUGGGAAUUUGAUGAGAAAAUAUGGUCUUUCUGUGGAUAACAUCAUUGAUGCAACGUUGGUUGAUGUCAAUGGUUAUGUUCUUAACAGAAAGACAAUGGGGGAGGAUCUAUUUUGGGCCAUACGAGGUGGUGGUGGGGCCAGUUUUGGUGUCAUUGUUGCAUGGAAGAUCAAAUUGGUCCCUGUGCCUCCUCAGGUGACGGUCUUCCGAGUCAAAAAAUCUGUGGCGGAAGGUGCAACCGAUGUUGUAUACAAAUGGCAACAUGUUGCAACCAAGCUAGACAAAGAUCUUUUCAUUAGGGUCGAACCCGAUGUGGUGAAUGGAACAGUGGUGGUCUCAUUCAUCGGGCAAUUCUUGGGCAAAAUUAAUAGGCUUCUUCCUUUGGUGAAUGAGAGUUUCCCUGAAUUGGGUUUGAAGCAAAGUGAUUGCACAGAAAUGCCAUGGGUUAAUACCACUCUCUUUUGGUUUGAUCUCCCAAUUGGUACUCCCAUUGAGGCUUUGUUACCAACCGAUCAGGAGCCACCUUCGAUCUACACUAAGGGCAAAUCAGACUAUGUGAAAACCCCCAUCCCAAAGGAGGCUUUGAAUUCCAUUUGGUCUAUGAUGGUUAAAGUUAAUAACAUGUGGAUGCAAUGGAACCCUUAUGGAGGGGCCAUGGAUGAGAUUUCAUCCAAUGCAACCCCAUUUCCUCACAGAGCAGGGAACCUGUUCCUGGUUCAGUACUUUACGUUUUGGCCUCAAGAUGGUGAUGAGGCCGCUAAUCUUAAUCUGAACAAGUCGAGGUCGUUUUAUCAGUUUAUGACCCCUUAUGUUUCAAGCUCUCCAAGGGAAGUGUUUCUUAAUUAUAGGGAUAUUGAUGUUGGUGCCAAACAUCCUAGUAGUUCCAAAGACUUGGACGUCGCUCGGACUACUUAUGGAACCAAGUUCUUUAAGGAGAAUUUUGACAGAUUAGUGGCUGUGAAAACCAAGGUUGAUCCUGGCAAUUUCUUUACUUAUGAACAGAGUAUACCACCUAAAUCAUAUAACUAGUUUUGAAGUUUGAUCUGCCUUGUUAAUUACAACAAUUAAUAAUAUUCUCUAUUUCCUUUUU